CGCCGCCGUCUGGGAAGGCACCAGGUCAAACUUUGCCAGCAAAACCCGACGCUACGGCGAGUGAUCGACCCAACAUAGGCAGACGAAAAAGCUCGCGCUUGCAGAUAGCAAUUGCAACUUACGGUCGUCGGCACCACCGAAAAUGUUUUCCUCCGUGAAGAGACUAAUCAAACGCUGGGUGCCGGGCGCCCCGACAUUUUCAGAAACUAACGAGCAACAUACGCCGCAGAAGACUGACGAUGGAGGACUGGCUGCUAUGGAUGUACCACCGACCCCUGUAGAGGAGCGACAGUUUAAAGCCCCUUCUCCGCGGUAUAACCGGUCCCCCACACAGCAACCGAACAUCCGACCACAACCCGACUUCCGUCAACCGAACACUCCAGUGCGACUGUUCACCCCUGCUCAACACACUCCUACCCGAAAUGUGACGCCCUACAAUCCGAACACCCCCACCGAACGCCAACUGCGGUACAUGGAGCAGCUCAGACCUGAGGACGGUUGGAUCACAUCUGCCAGUCGGCGAUUGAACCGUCUUCCAACGCUGGCACCCGGUACGCCGAAGCGAAUGCCUGUCAGCCAGUUGACAGUAGAUGAGAGCGUCUUAGCUGGAAACAAAAGAGGGAGGGACGAUGACGAUGAGUACGAAAGAUUCGACCCAAGCUCGCAGCCUGUGGCAGUCAAACGUCGACAGAUCGAGUAUGAAGAGAGCGUAGUGACUCGCACCCCAUUGCGAAGAUCCUCUGCACCUCAGCGUCAAGUCACUCCUCGGUCGCGCAUCAAACUGAAAUCUAGCCGCCCGAACGCCAACAAAGAUCUCAGAUGGCUGAUUUCUCGAAUGCCACCUGUUGACCACGAUAAAACGGAUCAAAUGGCGAAAAAUCUGCUGGAGAAUACGGAAAAGCUGUAUCGUGAUCAACGAGAAGCGGAGGAGCGGAAAGUGGUAGAGGAAAACAACCGAGUGAAUGGACUGCGAAUGGCGGAAGAACAAAGAAGGGCGGCCGAGCAACGGAAGAUUGACGAUGAGCGGAGAGAGGAGGCAGAGCUAGCACGGCAGCAAAAAGCCCAGCUGGAUGAGCAGGCAAGAAAGCAGGCGGAGGAACAAAAACGCGCAGAACAGCCGCCGCAAACAAACGCAGCCUCCUCCGGGUUUGCAUUCAAACCGCCAGCGCAGCAGGUGGGUGUUGCGGAUUGCUUCAUUUGUUCACAGUAUAUUAUUCUGACUUGCGUCUUUUACCUUUCCUGUAGUCUCCACAGAGCGAAAAAUCGGCGGAUGCGCAGCCUUCGUCAACGCCUUCGUUUGUUUUCCAUUCCGCCGCCCAAUCAACGCCUGCUGGUGCAUCCACAGGUUCCGAAACGAAAGUGCCGUUAUUCGGAGUGGCGGAAUCUACCCUUGAGUCGACAUCCACAAAACCUCCCACUGCACUCUUCGGAGCGGGAGCGCAAGGAGCGUCAUUGUUUGGAGCAACGUCCGCGCCGAGUGUGGUCUCCGCCGCGCCUGCGGGAGGCAUCACCUCAGUCAAUGCCUCUGCAAAGCCAACGUUUGCGUUUGGGUCAACGCCAACAUCUACUUCAACUACUACGGCGGGUACCAGUACUGCAGCACCGUUCAACUUCAACUCGUCAGUGGUUACCCCAGCUCCCUCAAGUGCUGGAUUCACCGCGCCCAAGGCCGAUGCGGCGCCUACAUCCGCUCCUCCAACAUUCACAUUUGGAGCCCUGGCAGCGAGCAGCGCGUCGACUCCUGGAAGUGCUGCCGAUACGACCGCAAAGCCGGCUUUCCCAAGCUUCGGCACCAGCGUGCCAUCCAACACCGCAACGGAAGCGUCCAAGCCUGCUGCAACCGGUACAGGCGCUCCAACGACGUUUACUUUCGGCAGUUCGGCUUCCACCGGCUCCGCUCCACUCACAUUUGGCGCGGGGCCAACGGCGCCCAAUGGUCAGACUGCUGCGUUAGAACCACCCAAAUUCGGUGCUCCUGCAACAAAUGCGAACUCAAAUGAUGCCAAGUUUGGUGUCCCAUCCGGUGGGUCCAGCUCGAUGAUCUUUGGCACACCUCCGGCGUCAGGUUUCAAGACGGACACGGUACCUGCCACUUCAUCCGCUCCUGCGUUCCAGUUUGG